GUGUCCGUGCUACGCCCAUUUUUCAAGCGGGUAAUGCAGUGCCCAAUUUUGGUCGUAUUCCGUGCUGCAUGCAUGAAAUGUCGGUAACAGGAGAGUGAUCACUCCUUGAAUGGCUUGAAUAUUAAAAUUCAAGCACACAAAUCAUGGAGAUAUUCUCCAUGUAGUGGACGUAGCGUGUUACCCGGUGAAAAUAAUGGUGGACACGGCUACGCAGUUCAACUUCCAUGUUUUGUAUACAUUGAGGCGCCAGUGGACAGGACCCACGAUUAAAACGUGAACGUCACUGAUUGUGGGUCCAUUCACCAACUUCUCUCUGCAUUUUCGUCAGCUCUCGUCUAGCGAGGAGAAUCUGCUGAAGGGAGAGAAAGUAAAACAAUGAAAUUUUUCACUGAACCCGUAGCACGUUGUGCUGCGCGAAUUGGUACACUAAGUGGAUCUGAAAGACUGCCAAACGUUUCCUUCGAAACACCAUUACUUCUUAUUUACACGAAGAGCGGCAGUGUACCACACUUGACGAAGGACGUCUUUAAAAAUGUAACAACGGAGGAGCAGCUGUUAUCGGUCUCGCUUUCCUCGACCGUGUUAAUGGCAGACGUUAUUAAAGAGUUGGACACUUCUCUUGCCGAUUUCGCGAGCAUGAAGGAAUAUAUAAAUUUCUUAUCGAUACACGAUCCUGCUUGCGCUACCAACCCUGGCUUUCAGCAACUAGACUCCGUUUCUAUCUGGUCCAGAACAGGAAGAAUUGCUGUUUCGGCUAGCAAGUAUAUGGAAUUUGUGCAAGCUCUUAAGCCAGAUCUAUAUGUUGCUUUGUGCGACGGGGAUACGAAUAUUAACAGCGGCGCGAAAAGAGUGACUAAAGCGGUGCGUCGAAGUAAGACUUUGCUGGAACAAUGUUUGGACAUUCAUCUGCGUACGGACGCAUUGAAAUCGAAGGGAAUAUUAGGACCGGUGGAGGGUGGUUAUAAUUUACAAGCUAGAGAAGAGUCCAUAGAUUAUCUAAAAGACAAGCCGUUGGCAGGAUUUGUGAUAGACGGGCUGCACAAUAACGGACCAAGUGUGCAGAAUAUUUCGUCGGAACAAGUUAAACAAGUGGUGCGACAUACCGUCAAUCUGCUGCCUGCUGACAAAAUGAAAGUGUCGCUGGGUUGUUGGAAUCCAGCUACCAUAUUGGACCUCAUUGAAUUGGGAGUAGAUGUAUUUGAUUCGUCCUACCCUUACGUUAUUACCGAGCAGACGCAAGCUUUAACUUUCAUGUGCGACCACGACACUUGCGAGCACAAUCAAUACGCAAUGUCGCUAGCGGAAAAGAGGUAUGCAGACGACUUCUCUCCCAUCUGUAAGAGAUGCAAAUGUCUUGCGUGUCAAAAUCACUCGAGAGCGUAUAUCCACCAUUUGCACCACACCAAGGAAAUGCUUGCUUUAGUACUUUUAAUGAUGUACGUAUUUAAAAAAUUAUGGUCUAAUCAAUCUCCUACGUGUAUAUUAACAAUCGGUUGCCCUUUUAGACACAACACCCAUUGUUACCUUCAAUUCUUCAGUGUCAUUCGCGAUAGUAUAAAAAACGGAACGUUCGAGCAACUUCAGACGAAGAUCCGUCUAAAAUAUGCAACUGCCAACUCCGAAGCCCCCACUGUAUGAACAGUGCUUUUAAUAAAUUCUUGUUUUACACU